AUGGCGAAACAAGAAGUUAUUCUCCUAGAUUUCUGGCCAAGCAUGUAUGGGAUGAAGGUCAGGAUAGCACUUGCUGAAAAGGGUGUUUCAUACGAAUACAGAGAAGAAGAUUUGAUAAACAAGAGUCAGCUUCUCUUGGAGAUGAACCCGAUUCACAAGAAAAUUCCGGUCCUAAUUCACAACGGCAAACCGAUCUGCGAGUCAAACAUCAUAUUUGAGUAUAUUGAUGAAGAGUGGAAAGAUAAAGCUCCAUUGCUUCCUUCUGAUACUUACGGCAGAGCUCGGGCGAGGUUUUUGGUCGACUUUAUUGAGAAGGUAUACCACAAUGGGAGGAUAUUGUUGUACACUGCAAAAGCGGAAGAACAUGAGGCAUCCAGGAAAGAGUUUAUAGAUUCCCUUAAACUAAUUGAAGGAGAGCUUGGAGACAAACCUUAUUUUGGAGGUGACAGUUUCGGUUACGUUGAUGCGUCUUUGAUCCCAUUUUAUGCAUGGCUUCAAGCCUAUGAAACGUUUGGGGAAUUGAACGUAGGACAAGACUGCCCAAAACUGAUUGGUUGGGCUAAAAGGUGCUUUCAGAACAAGGAGAGCGUGUCUAAUGUUCUUCCUGAGUCGCUAAAGAUAGUUGCCUUCGUUCAACAGGUAAGGAAGAUUUUUGGAGUCGGAGGUGAAAUAGAUGACCCAACAAAUUUUCGGGAUCUGGUAAUAUACGAUCUACCUAUUGGUGCCCCAAAUUCAGAAUACGUUCUUCUCACAGCCACAUUUCGCCUCUCAUCCAGCUUCUGCCUAAAGUGUAUCGGGUUUAAUAAGAGUUCAAUUCGUUUCUUGGCUCAACAUGAUAGUAAAGAUUUCACUAGUACAAGUAACCAGGAGAUAUUGACUUCACCAAAACCAUCGGGGACGUUCUGAGCACUUCUUAUUCUACAAUCAUCAUUAUCAGAAGAUGCCAUGGCUGAAACACUUGGCCUCUUCACUGCUCAUGCUAUUUGGAAAUCAGUGGAACAUGCCUACAGUUACGACUCCAGAGAAAGAUUGCAAUCACUUCUUGAUUCCCUCUGA